UCAGCUGAUAGAACCGGAGAGAGAAGAUGGCGGGCGGCAUGUUACGUGGUAAGCUGAUCGCGGUGAUCGGUGAUGAGGACACCUGCACCGGCUUCUUGCUCGGAGGGAUCGGGGAGCUUAACAAGAACCGGAAGCCGAAUUUCCUGGUGGUGGAGAAGGAGACGAGCGUAACGGAGAUUGAGGAGACGUUCAGGAGUUUCCUACAGCGUGAUGACAUUGGAAUUAUACUGAUUAACCAAUUCAUUGCUGAGAUGAUCCGGCAUGCCAUUGAUGCGCACAACCUCUCCAUCCCAGCCGUGCUUGAAAUCCCAUCGAAGGAGCACCCCUAUGAUGCCAACAAGGACUCUAUACUGCGCCGCGCCAAGGGCAUGUUCACAUCGGAUGACUUGCGAUAAUUUGCCGAUCCCCGUCUGGAUCCUUCCUAUCAUGGUGUUGUGUAACUCCCUAUAUGAUUUUGUAGCCCGAUAGGAAAAUGUAAUUUCCCAUUUUAUUUACCUUUUUUUUGUGUUUUAUUUAUUCCUGCUGUCCACUCCUGUAUGUUACUUACUGUGUGACCAAAUUAUCUAACGCUUGUUCAGCAGCCGUCUAGUCUUGUUCCAAUGGUGAAUGUGAUACUCGGGUCAUGAUGGUAAAGAUUGGUGGAGGAGAUGCUCGUGUCGGUCCCAUCACUGCGUCCAUGUACUAAACCACACAGAGUGAAAGUGAUGAGACCGAUGGGCAGCACUUCACGUCUUGUCUAGUUUUUUUAGGUUACACCCAUUUGUCAAGGCUUUGAUAUCCAUGGCCUUCAUUCUAAGAGAUGUUCAUACUAUGGAAUUACCAUAUCAGUCAGAUGUGUCCCAGGAUUAGAUUGUGAAGACCCGGGACUCUUCCAAUCCAGGCAGUUCCUGAGGCUUGUUCUCGGUGUGCUUCAGUAACCACCUCACCCCAAAAACCCUAUUGGGUCUCUGCUUUGGCCUAGGGCUACAUGACUAAAAUGAUUGCAAUGUCACAUUGUGACAUCCCAAGUGAUGGUUGGGAAUGAGAACCAAAUAGAACUGGAAUGCAAAAACUCCAAACCUGAUGGAUUUCUGGUCACAAGUUGCACACAUUUCACUUGCGGCAUGUCUGGAU